AUUUUAAAACCCACUCGCGCUCCGGCACUGCCAUUCAGGGCUCUGGAUAAUUCUACUGAAACUUGUCAAAAUACUUAUACAUUCUAGUCAAAAGAAUUCAGAAAUUCCAUUUGAUCCUAACUUCGAGAGAUAAACACAACAGAUGGAUUUUGACGAUGAAAUAAUUCGGCAGGUAAAAGCCUCAGGCUUCUCAGAGUCUUCCUUUCAGCAGCUGGAAAGUCUAAUUUUGUCCAAAGACGAUGAAACCAUUCUCAACCAUCUCGAUAAAAGGUCGCGGGGUCUAGACUCGGGACAAGCAAUAAUUGACUACAUCAGAGCCAUGUUCUCCAUAUUGGGGCGAUCUGCGAGGGAAGACCAGUUAUCCAGGCCUGCCAGGCUUUUGCUAUUUCUCGCUAUGAAAUGUCUUACCUUAUUCCAAGCCAAAAUUGUUAACAACGACAGAAAAUGCAUCGACUGUUUUGAUUUUAUAGUGCAAGAAAUGGACGUCCUUCCCAAACCAUUAUUACCAUCUAUAACCGAAUUUAUAUGUGUAAAUGUGGAUUCAAUUGACGGUCCAGAUGACGGACAUGAGCUCAGACUUUUGCCUAGGGCUUUGAGGUUUAUUUUUUUGACGCCCGAGGUUAAAGUGCCGGGGCAGGAUGGGGACGAGAUGGUGAGCACCGGCUCAGAGUAUGCAGGGUUUGUUAUAAAGCGAAUAUUACAUGCAAAAUGGUCCAAUACAAUGCUAACCAGAAUGGUGAGUCUACUGCGUGAAAUGCAAUUGGACAGGUCCCAUGUCGAGGAGUUUUUGAAAAAAAUCUUUGGCUGCAUGAAGAGAGUGGAUCCUCAGGAUCUUCCUUCACUUGUUUACCAGCUUCUGCUUUUUGCCUCAAAGGGUUUGCACAAGAAAUUAGUACUGGGAGGGAUUGUUAACCUGUUUGGUGAAGUCCUGUGUAGGAUUUCAGAGGAGAAUCCAGUUAUUAAAAGGCCAGGUGUGAAGAAAUCUUCUGAGGUUUUACGUCAGGUGGAGGGGACAGUGCUAUUGCACAUGAAUUUUGCAAUUAAGCAGGAUCCAUCUCUAGGUCAAGAAUUAUUGAAUUUGGUUCGUGUGGAUCAUCGGCCAAUUGCACCAUUUACUGUUGCUUUAUUGCUGUCAAUUGCACGUAUUCAAAGGUUUGAAGAGGUUUCCAUGGUCUUUUUGAGGACAUUGAUGGUGAAGUCUCAUCAAGACUAUAAGCAAGCAAGAGACUGCAGCUGGAUUCCAGAUGAUUUGAGAUUGCAGUCUCUGCAGAUUGCAAAAGCUGUAGAAGAAGCUUUGCUACAAGCGGUGCAGUAUAGCAGUUUUGGGCGAGACCAUAUUAUACCAAGUGUAGUCAAGAUUGGUUUUGCUUUGCUUGAAUUUGUUGAAGCUGGGAAGAUGUGUUUUGCAGCAGAUUCUGUUAGUUGUAAUGGUUUAGUAGGAGUCAAGGAGCUAGGAGUCCAAGCAUUGAAAACAGCAUUUGAAAUUCAUGAUAUGGCACGGAAUGAGAUUAUCGAACAAAUUAAAAUUCGCAUUAUUUCUCUGAAGCCUGCACAGAGCUCUGUAGUUAUCAGGUUACUUGGUGAGCUAGUUCAGAGUUAUCCACAUCUGAUGCUUGAGCAUGUUGCUCGUUUGAAGGAGUCCUUAGAUUAUUUCACCUUAUUGAAUUUCAUAACUUCUUCCUCUUUCAUCAAAUCUUUAUGCCCUCUAUUUCAGAUGAGCCGUGAUCUCCAGAAUUAUACUGUCUUGGUUUUGAGGAAGGCAAUAUUUGGACGGGAAGAGACUUCUCGUGUGGCUGCAACUAGAGCCAUAAUAGAUCUGAUUAUAUCAGAAAAGCAGAUGGCUAACAGUGAUUUAGACUCAUUUCCAACUUCAAGUCAGGCUAGCUGCAGUCAGCAAACCAAAUUUGCUCGUGGACUGGGACUGAAUCUUUUUCAAGAGCUCAAAGGAUUAUUGCGAAGGUGCCUUUUACAACAGGCACGGGUAAAGGAAGCAAUGUAUAAAGGCCUUGUGAAGCUUGUUCUGGUUGAUCCUGCUGCUGCAGGGCCAGUCUUUGAUCUACUAUGGCCUCAUUUUCUUCAAUAUUGUGUCCCCCAAGAGGAUGGUGGACUCCAGCUCAAAUUAAGUACCUGUGUUAAAGUCCGCAAUGGGAUAAUCUGUCUGGAGGAGCCAUUAGAUUAUCUACUUUCUUGUGUGCAUCAUCUUCUUGUCCUUCAGCCACAAAAUAAAACUGUUCAACAGUCUGAAUACUCAAUGACAUGCUUUGGAUUUUCAUUAUCACAGGAUAAUGAGGGUGGAGGAGUCUCAUCUGGUGAAUCUUUUGCAAAUGCCUUCUUAAACCUGAGACAGAGUUUCCGAAGGGGCAAAUUGGAAGGGUACAGUUUAGAUAAGACACAGAAUUUCAACCCAGAAACGUCAGAAGGAGAAAGGAAUAUUGAACAAGCUUGUGUAAUGUUGGGAAUUUUGGAGGUUUUACUAGAUAUUUCAGUCUCAGAGUUGAGAAAUGCAACUGAUGCCAACCGAGAAGAAAAUAAAACUGAUCUUAUGUCCUUAAUUGAACUUUACGAUUCUCUAGAGCAAUCUGCAUGUAGAAAGCAAGGAAAUGUGGCUCGAAAAGGCUCUAUGAAGGCUCCUUCAGAUCCCAAGGCACAAACACAGGAGACUGGGAACCAAUCUCACAGCUUGAGACAUAGUUCAAAUGCUUUUUCCUCUAGUUGUUCUCAAGAUAGAGUUCCUUUCUUGAUGACCUCAAACAUUGCUCACCUCUUAGAGGCUUCGAUGAAGUUAAUGAAUACUAAUAUCUCCUCCAGCCAGCCGACUUCCAAUCAUCGUAGCCAAGGUACAUCAGGGAAGCAAAUUAUUCAUCACUUCAAGCUUGUAUCCUUUGCAUUAAAAUCAUGUCUUCGUCAUCUCAAGUUAAUGUUAAUUGAGUCAUUUGAGCAAACAGAAUCCCAAAAUCCAUUUAAGGUCCUUGUUGACAACGAAAUGAAAAUCUUGGGAGGUUCUCUGUUGCAAAUCAUUUGUUUAUUGAAAUCAACUUUGAGCUCAAUUCCAACCCAAGACAAACCAAAGAACAAGGAAACUAAAGGGAAAAAGGCUUCUGAUGAAGCCGCAGAGGGACUGAUCCAUACGGCAAUUCUUUGUAUGGAUAUAUUAUGUAAGUUGUCUUUUACAAAACAUGAUUUCACCGAUAUACUUGAGGAAAUGCUAUCUGUUCCAAGCAGUGAGGCAGAUUCUUUACAUGAGAGGAAUAUUGAAAUGGAGGAUAUACCUGAAAUUGAAAAUGAAAGCCCUGAAACUAGGCUGGUGCACCAAUUUUUGUGGAGGAAGAUUCAUCCACUUCUGGUUCAGUUUCUUAGCUUGUCACACUUCCGAGUGUUUGAGGUGCUCACUGGCACUGCAUUAUUUUUGGGAGGCAAAUUACCUUUGCAUCUUAGAAAGCUGCAUGGUACUUGGGCCGAGAUGACAUGCAGAAGUAUGAAGGUAAUGCACAAUGGGGCAGCCCGAGCCUUGGCCACAUUGGCACUCUACCUAAGCAUUCCACCAUUAGAUCUUACUAUAGGCCAAAGAAUGGCUUCUGAGUUGUUGAAGGUCAUGGGGUCAGAGGAAAGAGAUCCCAUAGAUUUGUCAGAUGUAUAUGUGACUAUAAAUGCCUCAACAAGUAAUGGUAUUGCUACUCUGUUAUUGCAACUUGCUGAGGCUACUUUAGUUGAUGUGGACUGGCUUAUCUCAAAACUGAAAGCUUCUCUUGUAGCUGGAAACUUGCCACUUUUAGAUGCUAAUACGGACAACCAAAGACGAGCAAAUGUUUCAAGAGCCAUUUUGGAGGAAACAUUGCACACUAGAGUUGAAUCUCUUGUUCACAUGCUCUCUCUCUUCACAGAGAUGAGUCUUCGAACUUCCCCAGCAGAACAUUUCUUAAGAGUGGCUUCAAAGCUUUAUAAGAGUUUAGCUGCUGUGACUAAACUAUGCAUUGCUCCAAAAGGCUAUAAACAGCCUUUGCCUAGCAGUAAAUUUCAGAUGCUUGCAGAAGUUACUUGCCGAAAGAUGACUGCCCCUCUGUAUAACUUCAUGGCUGUGAUGCAAAGGGACCAACAAGAGAAUUCACAAGAAAAAGGUGUGGUCAACAAAAUCAAAAGGGAAUGUAAAACUAUUCCCAAUCUUAUUUUCUAUAUUGAGGACUAUGAAAAAUAUCUCAUCCAGCUUAGCAAACUCACUAAAGUCAACUUGCUGAGACAUGCCAAACGCAGUACUGCAAGGGAUUUUAAGAUAAUAGAUACUGGUAAGAAAAAAAAGGAGGAUGAAAACAAUCAGCCUGAAGAACCAAAUCAAUCAGAUGCUCCCGUCACAGAAAAUGUAUCUGAAGACGAAACUCUAAGACAGGAAGAAGAGGGAAUAUUGGAUGUUCCUUCUGAAGGUAAUGUAGUUGAUGAUGAAUGCAAAUCUGAUAGUGAAAAUGACUUGGAAGAGAACACAAAUAAUGGACGAAAGCGCAAGAUCACACAUGUUAUUCAGGAUUCAGAUGAAGAAUAAACUUAUCUCUUGUAAAUAGUUUGGACAGAAGAAACAUGAAUGAAAUUAAGUGCCUUCAACAGUUUUGAAUCUUUGAUAUAUAUGUUGUGAUUAAUAGUCACACAAAAUAUGGUUAAAAUAACGUGAACAGAUAAUUCUAGAGCAAUAACAUAUAACUAGCUUAUAAACAUAAGCAGAAACA